AUGGUCCAGGUCUUGAUCGAAAGAUCCGCUGCCAGCGGAUACGCAAACCCAUCUCUCGCCGGCUCUUUCUACGCCGACUUUUGGCUUGCCGAGCUUCUGCGUGUUUGCCUGUCCGAUCCGGCUAUCUGGCACGCUGUUUUAAAUUCACUUGACCAUGGCAGCGUUGUUGAAAGUCCCCUUUUGCUCUCGCAGAAUAAAAUUUUCAACGCAUGGCGCUCAUAUACUGCGCCACGCUCAUCCCGUCCAAGGCCAGAACACGUUGAACAAGCCAACGGUGCUGCCCAGUCUCUGUUGACAGGACUGGUCCUUUUCUCGCAACAGCAUGCCAAACAGCUCGGAGAUCUUCAGACUGGCAAGUCUGGAUUAGAUGUUUUGUCUAUUCUGGCUGCACGACAGGAGGUGUACACGCGAUUUUUCAACGAGAUCACAAAGGCAAUCCACAUGUUCCAACAAGAGAUAGACCAACACCCAAGAUGUUCAUAUCAAUUGGAGGCAGACAGUAUUCUCCCUUUACGCCUUUUUCAUGACACCAACCGUCUCCUACUUAUCCAAGACCCCGAUGAGCCUGACUUGGAGAAGCGUCAACGUAGCCUCCCUCUAUUGUUAACCUCUAUAGUCGACCUCGCAGAACAAAUCAUGAAUGUCGAUCCCCAAAAGACUCGCAGGGUAUCCUACACCCACCAACUCUUCUUAGUCACUCAUAAUGGUACCGAACAGUCGACUCGCAAGCGAGCCGUAACUCUACUUCGACGCCCGCGAUUCGAAGGUGCAUGGGAUAGUCUCAUCUCUGCAAGUCUUGCCGAUGCAAUUAUGGACAGAGAGAGGGAGGCGGCUUGGGAAUACCACGUACAACAAGGCUUAGUAGCUAAGACCUUUGAACAGGGACAAGAGGAGACAGAUCCAAUGUUUCGCAUAUUCAACUUUACAUUCGCUUUUACAGGGAGUAGAGAGGCGCGAGUUGUCAUGUGGACGUGGCAAGAGAAACUCAAUGAUCUAGCUGGGCAGGAAAGGGUGGUACAGUGGUGA